AUGACGGGGAUCAGGCCCGGCGAAGACGCUACGCCGGAUACCCCUCUGCACCCUUAUCCACUACAAGAAUGGCGUGUGCCCUGGUCACACAGAAAUAUGUUUUCAAGGAUCAAGAAGCUCUCCGCGGAGGCCGAUGAACAUGGAGUUCAUCAACCAUUAACUCAUCGCCUACCUUGCAUGGUCAUAGCCGCCAACAACCAAGAUGCCUUGCCCUCACAAAAAGCUCUACGAAAGGAGAGGAAGAUUAGCGGGGAGGCUGGCGACAACAAGAAGCGCAAGAAGCACAACGGCGAGACCGUCGAGGAGAAGGCUGAGCGCAAGAAGCAAAAGAAGAGCCAGUUGGGAUCCUGGAGGUAUGGCGAUAGAGGAAACCGCUCGCUGGAGUUCGUCAGCGACCCUGUCACCUGUUAG